UCAAAUCUGUCACGUGCCUCCGGCAGCGUUACCAACGUGGGCUUAGCACCACUAAAGGAAGCACUUAUAUUCAGCUGAGGACCCCUAUUAGAAGGGUCAGAGAUUAAUCUUACACCUUCAUGACCCCUACCUGCGAUUCUACAGCUAGUGACCUGCGUCCCUCACUCUUCUCAUUAGGCAUCUCACACUUUCUUAUGGGUAUGAUUGUAAGUAGAAUGGUUAUUCUACACCCCGUGAUAUGCCUUGUAUAUGAAGCCAUCGGGUCAGUUGAAAUUACCCUUUUGAGUUUCGCGGUCAUUGCACUAGCCUAUUUGAGAUUUAGCGCUCAAAUCUCUAGCCAACCAGAAUUUAGCGGUCACGCACUAACUUCAUUUGAUUUUCACGGUCACGCACUAGCCUAAUCAGGAUUUCGCGGUCAACUCAGGGGCAAGCUCAUUUCAUCAGGCUGCGGGAACUUCAACACAGCCCAAGUCAAUCACUGUAAUACUGCAUCUUGCUCACUAUGCCUGAAGCACCCAAAAAGCGUGG